GCUGGGAGCGCCCCGUCCUUCUGUUAAAGACCGGGGUUGCAGCGUGUUAGAGAAUGGGUAACGUGUUGGCAGCUGGUUCCCCCAGCCCCGCUGCGGGCUCCCCUGCAGCUGGACCGGGCCUGGUAUCGGUACCACCGGGCUUCACCAUGCCCCAGGUCUCCCCCCUCAGCCCCCCGGCAGAGCCCAAGCCAGCGAGGGAAGGCUGCCCCAACCCAGGCCCCUUCGAGGAGUGCCACCGGAAAUGCAAAGAGGUGUUUCCAGCACCCAUGGAUGGGGUCAAGCUGAUCGUCAACAAAGGACUCAGCAAUAACUUCCAGGUGAAUCACACGGUCUCUCUCAGCACCCUGGGGGAAUCCAACUACCACUUCGGAGCCACGUACGUGGGCACGAAGCAGCUGAGCCCCACCGAGCUUUUCCCAGUGAUGGUCGGAGACAUGGACAAUAGCGGCAGUUUGAACGCACAGAUUAUUCACCAGCUAACGACAAAGCUGCGCUCCAAACUAGCAUUCCAGACCCAGCAGUCCAAGUUUGUGAACUGCAGGUUGACGGGGAGUACAGAGGAGAGAGACUUCACUGCUGCUGUGACACUGGGAAACCCUGACAUCAUCGUGGGGUCAGGUAUCCUGGUUGCUCACUACCUCCAGAGUGUCACCCCUGCGCUGGCUCUGGGGGGGGAGCUGGUGUAUCACAGGCGGCCGGGUGAGGAGGGCACCGUCAUGUCCCUGGCAGGGAGGUAUACAGGCAGUAACUGGAUCGCUACACUAACACUAGGACAGGCAGGAGCCCAUGCCACAUAUUACCACAAAGCUAACGACCAGUUGCAGGUAGGGGUGGAGUUUGAAGCCAGCACGCGAAUGCAGGACACCAGCGUAUCUUUUGGCUACCAGCUGGACCUGCCCAAAGCGAACCUGCUCUUCAAAGGGUCUCUGGACAGUAACUGGAUUGUUGGGGCUACCCUGGAGAAGAAGCUGCUGCCUCUGCCUCUCACCCUGGCCAUGGGGGCACUACUGAAUCACAAGAAGAACAAGUUCCAGUGCGGGUUCGGCCUCACCAUCGGAUAAACACUGGAGAGACGGACACAGAGAGACGGGCAGACAGACAGACACAGAGAGACGGGCAGACACAGACAGACACAGAGAGACGGACAGA